AUGGAUGAUGAAGUGCAAGACGUGUCAAAGGUUCCAUAUGCUAGUGUAGUGGGGUGCUUGAUGUAUGUUAUGGAUGGUACAAGAACGGAUUUGGCACAAGCUGUUAGUGUGGUGAGCAAGUUUCUAUCAACUCUGAGACGACUACAUUGGGAUGCAGUCAAGUGGAUCUUUAGAUACUUGAGGGGUACUACAAACUAUGGCAUCAUGCUUAGCAGACAACAGGGUGAUCCUUCAGUUGCAGGAUAUGUGGAAGUAAACUAUGCAAGGGACUUGGAUGACAGGAGGUCUACCACGAGUUAUGUAUUCACUCUUGUGGGAGGGCCUAUUUGUUGGAGGUCCAUGGUUCAGCCUCUAGUUGCACUAUCUACUACUGAGUCAGAGUAUAUGGCAGUGGUUGAGGCUGCCAAGAAAGCCGUGUGGCUUACAGGGUUGGUUAAGGAGCUGGGUAUUCAGCAAGGUGGAGUUCAGUUACAUUGUGAUAGUCAGAGUGCAAUUUAUUUGGGAAAGAACCAGGUGUAUCAUGCGAGGACUAAGCACAUAGAUGUGAGGUUUCAUAGGAUCAGGGAAUUGGUUUCUUCUGGUGAACUAUUGCUUGAGAAAGUUCACUCUUUUGAGAAUGCGGCAGACAUGUUGACAAAGCCUGUUACCAUAGAUAAGUUCAAGCACUGCUUGGACUUGAUUAAUGUCUCCAAAUGCUAG